UUCUGUCCAGGGCAAGAGAAGCAAGCAGCAACAUCAGCAGCAGAAGCGCCGCAGAAACAGCGUGGCUUUGCUUUCCGCCAGGAAGGUCGCCAUGUGGUCCUUGUGGCUGGCUCGGAGGGGCCUCCCCCGCUUACAUAGUUCCGGAUUGUUUGGGCCAAGACUGUGGCGAUGGACGAGCAGUUCUGCAAAUGAAAGGGCAGUGAAAUUCAAAAGUGGGGAUAAAAUCUAUGGAUUCACUGUAAACCAGGUGACGGUAGUUCCUGAAUUUUCCUUGACGGCUGUUAAACUCAACCAUGACAAGACUGGAGCCCAGUAUUUGCAUGUGGCGCGAGAAGACUCCAACAAUUUGUUCAGUGUACAGUUCCGGACCACUCCCAUGGACAGUACGGGAGUGCCCCACAUCCUUGAACAUACUGUAUUGUGUGGGUCAGAGAGGUAUCCUGUCAGGGAUCCCUUCUUUAAAAUGCUGAAUCGGUCGCUCUCUACCUUCAUGAAUGCAUUUACAGCUAGUGAUUACACGCUCUACCCAUUUUCUACCCAAAAUCCCAAGGACUUCCAGAAUCUUCUCUCCGUCUACCUGGAUGCUGUGUUUUUCCCUUCUUUGAGGCUUCUGGAUUUCUGGCAGGAAGGCUGGAGGUUGGAACACGAGAGCCCAUCCGAUCCUCAGUCACCAUUAACCUUCAAAGGAGUCGUGUUCAAUGAAAUGAAGGGAGCUUUUGCAGAUAAUGAGAGAGUUUUCUCUCAGCACCUUCAAAACAAGAUUCUUCCUGAUCACACAUAUGCUGUUGUGUCUGGUGGUGAUCCAUUGAAGAUCCCUGAUCUCUCCUGGGAACAACUGAAGCACUUCCAUGCUACUCAUUAUCAUCCCAGCAAUGCAAGAUUCUUCACUUACGGGGACUUUCCACUGGAACAACAUUUGAAACAAAUCCAUGAGGAAGCUCUGUGUAAAUUCCAGAAAAUUGAACCAAACACUACUGUCCCAUCCCAGCAAAUCUGGGACAAGCCUAGGGAACAUUCUGUGACAUGUGCUGCAGAUUCCUUGGCUACUGACUCAAAGAAGCAGACGAUGGUCAGCGUCAGCUACCUCCUAGCAGAUAUUACAGAUAAUUUUGAAACCUUCAUGUUGAACUUUCUGUCUUCUCUAUUGGUUGGUGGCCCAAAUUCUCCAUUUUAUAAAGCUUUGAUCGAAACCGGUCUCGGAACAGAUUUUUCACCAGAUGUUGGGAUUAACUCCUCUACACGAGAAGCUUAUUUCACUGUAGGCCUUCAAGGGAUUUCUGAAGAAAGCAUACACACCAUAAAGCAAAUUAUUGCUAAAACUAUUGAUGAAGUUAUUGAGAAUGGAUUUGAGAAAGAAAAGAUUGAUGCUUUACUCCACAAAAUUGAGAUCCAGAUGAAGCAUCAGUCAACCCGUUUUGGACUUGCCUUGGCUUCAAAUAUUGCCUCCUGCUGGAACCACGAAGGGGAUCCUGUUGAUCUUUUGAAAAUAGCAGGAAAAGUAACUCAGCUCAGGCAUUGCCUUAAGGAGGACCCCCAGUUCCUGCAGAGAAAAGUAAAACAAUACUUCAAGGACAACACACACAGAUUGACACUCUCUAUGAGUCCAGAUGCGGCUUUCCAUGACAAGCAAGCAGCAAUGGAAGCAGACAAAUUGAAAGAGAAGGUUGAGGCCCUUUCAGAAGAAGAGAAGAAACAAAUCUAUGAGAAAGGUUUGGAAUUGCUUGAUCUGCAAAGCAAGCCUCAAGAUACUUCCUGUCUUCCUGCUCUAAAAGUUUCAGAUAUUGAGCCAAGGAUUCCGUUUACUGAACUGGAGAUGGCACAUGCAGCUGAGGAUGUUCCUGUCCAGUACUGUGCUCAACCCACAAAUGGCAUAGUUUAUUUCAGAGCCAUUUCCAGCCUGAACACACUCCCAGAAGAGCUUCGGCCUUAUGUUCCACUUUUUUGUGGUGUCAUCACCAAGAUGGGGUGUGGAGCACUCAACUACCGAGAACAGGCUUUGGAAAUAGAUCUGAAAACAGGUGGCCUUUCUGUUAGUCCACAUAUCAGUGUAGAUGACUCCCAUCUGGACAUGUAUGAACAGGGUGUGAUCUUUUCUUCAUUGUGCCUGGAUAGAAACCUGCCUGACAUGAUGCAUCUCUGGACUGAAAUAUUCAACAACCCUCAUUUUGAAGAUGAAGAGCAUUUCAAAGUCUUGGUUAAAAUGACGGCUCAAGAGCUUUCAAACGGCAUCCCUGACUCUGGACAUAAUUAUGCCUUAAUUAGAGCAAGCAAGACUCUGAACCUUGCAGGAGAAUUGCAAGAAAUGUUUUAUGGCAUGGAGCAGGUGAAACUGAUGAAGCGAAUUGCAGAAAUGGCAGACAUUAAGUCUGUGCUCCGAAAAUUGCCACGCAUCAAGAAAUACCUUUUAAAUAGUGACAACCUGCGAUGUGCAGUGAAUGCUACACCUCAGCAGAUGCCAGUUGUCACAAAAGCUGUGGAAAAUUUUGUCCUGGGAAUUGCCAGAAGUAAAAAGGAACGGAAGCCUGUCCGUCCUCACAUAAUUGAGAAACCUUCAGAUUCCAAGACGGCUAGCAGUGAGGCCGGUUCCCAGAUCACAAGGAAGCUAAUUACGGAUCCCACUUUUCAACCGUGUCAGAUGAAGACCCAUUUUUUGCUUCCCUUCCCUGUAAAUUAUGUGGGUGCUUGUGUUCGCACUGUGCCUUUCACGGCCCCAGACUAUGCGAGCCUUCGACUCCUGGCCCGUUUAAUGACGGCAAAAUUCCUGCAUACGGAAAUCAGGGAGAAAGGAGGUGCUUACGGCGGUGGUGCUCAUAUCUCUCAGAACGGGAUAUUCAAUUUCUACUCCUAUAGGGAUCCAAACUCCAUGAAUACUAUGGCAGCUUUUGAAAAGGCUGCAGAAUGGGCCAAGACAGGGUCGUUUACUCAGCAAGACAUUGAUGAAGCCAAACUUGCUGUGUUUGCAUCAGUAGAUUCUCCAAUUGCCCCGUCUGACAAAGGGAUGAAUAAUUUCAUAUAUGGAAUCUCUGAUGAGAUGAAGCAGAGGCACAGGGAGCAUCUUUUUGCUGUCUCCAGGGAAAGCCUGAUAGAUGCAGCUAACAAGUUCCUCAUUGCUGGGAAGAGCACAAGAGGAUUGGCUAUUCUUGGGCCAGAGAACGUAGAAACAGCCAAGGAUCCGUCCUGGAUUAUACGAUAAAACAGCAAGGCCAUAGAAGCCAUCUAAAGCAAGCCAUAGAAGGAAAUUCAACAGGGGAAACUCAUGCCAUAGUUAUCAAAGUAGAUUUUGUGAAAAAGGAUUUUAAAAGAAUUAUUAAGGCAAAACAUUACUCGCAUCAUGUCGUCCCAAAAGAGCCUGAUACUGCAUUGGUGGUUUAUUUUGAAAAAGUAAGUGGAUUUGAAGUCUGUCACAAGUCCACAUUCCCUUGGCCCCAACAAUCUUUGUCUUAACUGCAGCAAUUA